UUUAGUUUUAAGAUGAAGGCGUAAUGUUCAUUUUCUUUCUCGCAAUAGAAAAAGAAAAAAGGUAAAAACAAGUCAAAACUAACUCCGUAUUCUUCCUGGUACGCACGACCCCGCCCCCCACUCCCCAGAAAUUUAUCUCAUUCGACGCACUCUCUCUCACGCUCAACAAACUCGCCUGUGAUUCCCAGCUACACGCCGCCGUUCGAAGCCAUCCGAGCAACAGUUUUCGCUGCAGUUCUUGCCGUCGCUCGUGAUGCUCUGCCGCUGAGAUCUGCAAGUCACACGUGUGCGAAGUUCUUUCGUCGCUUAUUCCAGCCACCAAUUUUAUUCGAUCGCGUUGCCAUCGGGCAGCUGCGUGUUGUCUGGCGUCGAGUCCCCGUUCCUACAGGUGGUCAUCGGAAAAUUUUCUCUUGUGGAUUGGGCAAGAACUUGUUUGAGGUGAGCAGGAUUGACCGGACAGACCAGAAAAUCGAGCCGGCCGACCAAAUCAAACCAAAGUCGGUCGAAAAUGAGAGGGGUUGAAAUUUUCAAAAAAUAUUUCAAAGUAAAUUUUGGUGACUUCAGUUGCGAUAUUUAAUUGGAGUUAGGAAGUGAUUUUUGGACUUAAGUUUGGCUUAAGUCGUGGGUACCUUUUAUGCAAAGAGUUUAUAUAUGAAGGCUUGAUGGAUGUAGGAUAAAAUCUAUGCUAAAAAUAAGCUAUCUUGGAAUAAUUCAAUCUGAGGAGUGAAAGAUUAGGGUCAUAAAAUAGCUUGAGUUGAUGAUAUAGAACGUUUUGGGGAUAGUUGUGUCAUCUGGACAUGUGAGGAUAACUUUGUGGCCUUAAUCAUUGUUUUCAGUUCAAACCAAAGCAGGCAAAGCUUAUAAUUCUAGAGAAUUGAGUCGUUGAUAAUGGAUAACAAGACUCUGUACAAUGCUAGAAUUGCUAGUAGUUGGAGGAGACAUGAGCUAGGAUUUCUGAUUCUCUAUGCAUUAUUAUUUUACUUCUUUAUCAUUCGCCAUUCCCUUCAGCUUUCGCGAGAACACUAUGUCAAACUCUAUGGCCUGCGUUCUGGUUGGAUCUUUCCUCCCCGACUCAAUGAUUUAUCAGAUGCCCAGUGGAGAAACUUUCGAGGAAAUCUGCCCAUUCUAACCACUGUUUUCCUAAUUUACGCUUUGGGGGCAAAUUUUUUGAGAUCCCGGUUUCUUCUAAGGGCUAAAGGAAUGUCAAUUAUCUGGCUUAUAAUUUCUUUCACUUACCUUUUGUAUCUCCAUGAAGCUUGUGUGAUAUUCAUCAUCUCAAUUGCCUCACUCAAUUUUCUUAUCGUUAAGAUUUUUGCUCGAACAAAGUUCUUUUUAUAUCUACUCUGGACUUUCAACUUAUAUUUCCUUCUUUCUAAUCGUGUAUACGAAGGUUAUUCAUUCUCAACAAUUGGACUACGGUGGUCAUACUUGGACAACUUUCGAGGAACAUUUAGGUGGCAGAUUUGCUUUAACUUUGUUGUUCUGCGCAUGAUAAGCUUUGGGUAUGAUUACCAUUGGGCAUAUGACCAUUCCUGUUUUGAUCAGAAGAAGCAUAGUCAACGUUGCGAGGUUUGUAGAUCAGGAGGAACUUGCUACCAACUUUUACAGGAAAAAGGAGUCCAAGAUGACAAAUUUACAUUUACCAUAUACCUCUGCUACUUGGUCUAUGCGCCUCUUUAUCUGGCUGGGCCAAUUGUUAGCUUUAAUGCCUUUGCCUCGCAGCUAGAUGUGCCACAGAAUAACUACAGACUUAGACACUUGGCUUGGUAUGGUUUACGUUGGACAUUCAGUUUUCUCCUAAUGGAACUAAUGACGCAUCUAUUUCAUUACAAUGCCUUAGCUAUCAGUGGUUUGUGGAAACAACUAUCUCCACUGGACGUGUUCAUUAUUGGAUAUGGGGUCUUAAAUUUCAUGUGGCUUAAGUUUUUUCUCAUAUGGCGCUACUUUCGCUUCUGGUCUCUGAUAUGUGGCAUUGAUGUCCCGGAAAAUAUGCCAAGGUGCAUCAAUAAUUGCUAUAAUUUAGAAGGAUUCUGGAAAAGUUGGCAUGCUUCUUACAACAAAUGGCUUGUCAGGUAUAUGUACAUUCCUCUCGGGGGAUCCAAAAGGAAAGCAUUCAAUGUCUGGAUUGUAUUCACAUUUGUUGCAAUCUGGCAUGAUUUAGAAUGGAAGCUCCUAUGGUGGGCAUGGUUGACAUGUUUAUUCUUUGUUCCUGAAAUGAUCGUGAAGUCAGCAGUGAGUACGUUCAAGCUAUUUCCUAAAAGAGACAAUCCUGCUGUCACUUCAGGGAAUGGGACACGACGCAGACGUGAUAACACACAAAUUUCUGAAAAAUGUAGGAAACAUGCUUUGAGGGGGAAGGAAAUAAUCAAGUUCAAUUAAUAAGGCUCGAGGAAUUGAACUAAGAAUAGUAUUAUGACAAUAAGGACAACAGACUAUUCUAUAUAUAUAUAGGGUUUAGGUAUAAAUAUUCUAUAACAAAUUAACAAGGAUAAACGAUGUAACCAAGUUCAAUUAAUAAUACUUGAUGAAUCAAUUUGUAGAUAUGUGAUAAAUGAAAUCAGCUGCAAACUGAGAGACAGAGGCUAGAAAAACUUGCUAAGGAACACGGAUGAAGGUUGAAAACAUGGAGAAAGGAGAGAGGAGAGAGCAUAUUGAGGGGGUGGGGGUUGUGCCUAUCCUUUUUUGUCCCUUUCCCUCUUCUCUCUCUCUCUCUCUUUCCUGUUUAAGAAAAGUGUGGAAAGGGAGGAAGGGGAAAUAAAAGAGAAAAGUAAGGGGCAAAAUGGGGGCACCCCCAUUGAUGGAAAAGGAAAGGUUGUGAGGAGGGAGAAAGAGGACUAGAAAA